AUGAAUUUGAUGAACAUCCUAACUCCUGAAAUAUUCUAUGUUCUCGAUAAGCACUUCCAACAACCACUCAAAAAUGUGCCAAAGGUCUCUCUCCGUUUUCUGAAACUCUUUUAUGCAUGGAUCAGCAUCGCUUCAAUUUGGUACAUUGUCUUCGGAGCAUGGUUCCUUCGUGGAGCUGGAUCAUGGUACUCCUGCAUGACAGUUGUCUUGGCUGUCAUCCUCUCACUCGCAUUCUUCUACGAAUCCGAUGGACGAGGUUGGAAGAAGUUCGCGACCCUCUGCGUCUUCUGCGCUAUUCCACGCCUUCUGGUCUCUCCAAUCUACGCCGUGGCAAAGGUCCAGACAUCAAAUGUCAAUGGAACUCAGACUCCAGACUUUGUUGAAGCCUUCCACAACAUAUCUCUGUACGCUCAAACUCUUUUUAUUUCUCUUCUGAAACUCUAUUUCAGUUUUAGCUCGGGAUUCAAGGAGAAGCACAAUGACAUCAGCAUGAUCUGGUUCGUCUACUACUACAAUUUCAUGUUGAUCUUCAUAACAAUUCAAAGAGUCUCGGUUCGCAAGGCACUCGAUGAGAAGAAACAAAAGGUCUACGCGGAGACUCUGGUUGUCGAGGAGGCUCAAAGAGCCGAUGUCAAGCAAGGCACUGGACCAAUGCACAUUUGA